GCGGCGGCAGCGGUGGCCGAGGCAGUGGAGGCCGAGGCUGUGAUGGCGGCGACAGCGGCGGCUCGGGUGCGGGCGGGGACGCGGCGGGCUCCUGAGCUCUGGCAGAUGCGGUGGCUGCUGCUGUUUCUGGUGGCGGAGGCGGCGGCGGCGACGGAGCAGCAGGUGCCGCUGGUGCUGUGGUCGAGUGACCGAGGCUUGUGGGCUCCUGCGGCCGACACCCACGAGGGCCACAUCACCAGCGACAUGCAGCUGUCUACCUACUUAGACCCCGCCCUGGAGCUGGGCCCCCGAAAUGUGCUGCUCUUCCUGCAGGACAAGCUGAGCGUUGAGGACUUCACGGCGCACGGUGGUGUGUUUGGGAAUAAGCAGGACAGUGCCUUUGCUAACCUGGAGAAUGCCCUGGACCUGGCCCCCUCUUCUCUGGUGCUUCCCGCUGUUGACUGGUAUGCGGUCAGUACUCUGACCACUUACCUGCAGGAGAAGCUUGGGGCCAGCCCCCUGCACGUGGACUUGGCCACCCUGCGGGAGCUGAAGCUCAAUGCCAGCCUCCCAGCCUUGUUGCUCAUCCGCCUGCCCUACACAGCCAGCUCGGGUCUGAUGGCGCCGAGGGAAGUCCUCACAGGCAAUGAUGAGGUCAUCGGGCAGGUGCUGAACAUGCUCAAGUCUGAAGACGUCCCGUACACAGCAGCCCUCACUGCGGUCCGCCCUUCCAGGGUGGCCCGUGAUAUAGCCAUGGUGGCUGGGGGCCUAGGUCGCCAACUGCUGCAAAAACAGCCAGCAUCAUCUGUGAUCCAUCCCCCUGUGAGUUACAAUGACACUGCCCCUCGGAUCCUGUUCUGGGCCCAAAACUUCUCGGUGGCAUACAGGGGCCAGUGGGAGGACCUGACUUCCCUCACAUUUGGGGUCCAGGAGCUCAAUCUGACCGGCUCCUUCUGGAAUGAUUCCCUUGCCAGGCUGUCGCUGACCUAUGAACACCUGUUUGGUACCACGGUGACAUUCAAGUUUAUUCUGGCUAACCGCUUCUACCCCGUGUCUGCCCGGCACUGGUUUACCAUGGAGCGCCUUGAGAUCCACAGCAACGGCUCUGUUGUCUCCUUCAACGCCUCCCGGGUCACAGGGCCCAGCAUCUACUCAUUCCACUGCGAGUACGUCAGCAGUAUGAACAAGAACGGCAAUCUCCUUGUGCCCCGCACACAGCCCUCUCUCUGGCAGAUGACACUUCAGGACUUCCAGAUCCAGGCCUUCAACGUGACAGGUGAGCAGUUCUCCUACGCCAGUGACUGUGCCGGCUUCUUCUCCCCUGGCAUCUGGAUGGGGCUGCUCACCUCCCUGUUCAUGCUCUUCAUCUUCACCUAUGGCCUGCACAUGAUCCUCAGCCUCAAGACCAUGGACCGCUUUGAUGACCACAAGGGCCCCACCAUCUCUUUGACCCAGAUUGUGUGACCCUGUGCCCACGAGGGGUUGGGGGCAUGAUGGUGUCCAGGUUGUUGUUUUCCCACUCCAAGGGACGCUGGACCAAAGGGCUUCCCCUCUUCCUACCAUAGCAUGAACCCGCAGCUCCCCUCAGUCUGUCUUGCUCCCUGUUCAACUGAGGGGCUUUCCUGGGGCUGCCCAUCCUCCAUCUCUACCAACAAGCUAUAUAUAUUCUGCAUUGAUAGUAGACAAAUCUCCCAGGCUUGGUCGUUGUGAGGGGAGGGGACAUGAGUUCUAGGGCCCUUCCCCCUUCCCCUUUUUCCUUAUUUAUUCUCAUCUCUCCACCUUCACCCCUUGCUGUUUAUAGUGCUUUUGUGUAGCCAGUGCUCCCUCCCCAGGCUUUAUGGAGCUCCCUGCAGCAGCCAGGAGCUGGAGGUUCCCUAAGUUUGGUGGGUGCGGAAGUACUGUUUAACUGUCUGUCCCACUUGGCUGGCGUUAUUGCUUUUUGAUGAUGUUAUGCUAACAAUAAGCAGUACACUGGGGUUUAUUUCUAUGGCCUGACAAGGAAGGGACCUUCACGGCGGGUGGGCUGGGUGUGAACACUGAGUUUCUGGCAUGUCCCUGCCAGGAGUACCUGGCAGGACCUUGGGGUACUCAGUGGUUUCCUUCCUAAUAAAAUAAAGACGGGUUGCCAUG